AUGCACAUGCACAUUGAGUACUUGAAUGGUAAAAUGCACAGAGCCAGCAGAAAAGAAGGAAUUCCUCAACCAGAGGCAGACACCCCCAGGGUGAAGGGGAAGACAGGAAAGGCAGGCAUUGCAAUGGACCUAAAUUGCGACAGAUGGAUUAAAACAACCUCGCAGCGAACACAGAUUAUAUACCGGGCAGAUGCAUCUAUUAUUGUGUACCAUAUGGCGCUGCCGAACACUGCGCGAGUUGUGGAAUCAGGCACAGGGACCCUUGGCCUAACAUACGCUCUCAGCAACUACUUCCUGGACGGGCACGUAGAUACUGUAGAGUGCAACGAUGAAAGAUUUGCAGCUGCGCAGAAGGAUGUGCGACUUGCAGGAAUGUCUAACGUAACAGUGCACCACAGCAAAGUGCUAGAGUAUCUUAUGUGCGUGGUGGAGAGGGCAGAAAAAGUAGAUGGCAUAUUCCUGGAUGUCCCAGAACCAGAGGAAGUUAUUGAAGUGGCAGCAGCUGCUUUGCAUCCAGGGGGAAAAAUUGCAUGCUUUGUGCCGUGCAUAGAGCAAGUUCAGAGAGUCCUUGAGAAGCAGAGCCUCUUGUCUGGCCUGCACGUAGAAAGGCUCUUUGAGAAUGUUGAAAUACAGCACAAGCCAAUAAUGAUCCAAACACACCCAUCAAAAGAGUACGGCACAGUGCCAGAUGACAAAAUUCGGUCACACACAGGAUACAUUCUCAUACUAAAGCUUGCGCAGUGA